GCACUGAGUGCAGAGCUCAGAGAGGGGGAAGCAGUUUGUGGAGUUAUCUCUCAUACAGUCUUUAAACAAGUGAUAGUUUAGUCUAUUGGUUGGAUCCACCCUUGGCUCAGUCUCAUCUCCCAUCAGCAUGGCAUCUGUCCCUUCGGCUGGCUGCCUGCUUGCUGCCCGGAAUCAAUACCACAGAAACCGGCGCAAUUCCACAUCAAGUGUGUCUUCAAAUGGUUCCUGCUGCAUGGAGAAUGCCCCGGAACAUGAAAAGCCCCAGCAAGGUUUUCUUCUUACAGUGGAGAAGUGCUGGUGGUUAAAGAACUUUCUUAAUUGUGAGCUUCUUCAUCACCCUGCAAAUACUGAGCUAUCUGCUGGGAGUGCUCAUCGUUGAUCAAAGUUGUGUUUGGACAAUAUUUCCAGGAAACUGAGUUGUAAGCCACUGGUGCUGAGCCAGAGUAGGUCACAAUUUCCAUCCAUGGACUGGGAAUAACUCUAGGAAUUGGUUGAAGUUUACAAUGUUGGAACCAUGAUCUUCUGUAAAUGAAUCUACUUCACCUCUGACCAGCAAGUGAUGUUUCCAAUCAGCAUUAUGGAGUCCUGUAGCUCAAUGGUUAGAACACUCACCUCGCAAGCAAGA